AUGGAUCCAUCAGAGAAGUCGCAACCAGCGACAGAACCGUACGAGACCGAGGUCAAGGAGAAACACGAGACCUCCUGGAGUUCAGCGAGCUCUUCAAGCGCGUCGCUGAGAUCGAUCAAGCAGUACGAGGUAAAGUGGGAAGAACACGAUGUUGAGAACCCUAAGACUUGGUCGUUGUACAGUGUAAGUCUUUUGACGUCGAUGCUUGUUGCUGGUACCGGUGCUGAUUUGUCGGAUAGUGUCUUGUACUCGUCUGCGUAUACGUCCGGCAUCUCAGGUGCACACAGCAUGACCGCCGAUCUUGAUGUACCCAACUCAACAGUGUCCCUCCUGGGUCUGACGACAUACUUGUUUGGUAUGGCUGCUGGAAGCAUGAUCUGGGCUCCGCUUAGUGAAAUGUUCGGACGACGACCGGUAUACAUCUUGACGCUUUUCGCAUUCAUGUUCUUCAUCUUCCCGUGUGCCAUUGCCAACGACAUCGCGGCCGUGCUCGUGUGUCGCUUCUUCGCAGCAAUGGUCGGAUGCUCGGUCGUAUCAAACUCACCUGGUACAAUCAAUGAUGUCUCGACAGACAAGCACAGAGCGUUCACGUUCAGUAUGUGGUGUUUAGGAUUAAUGAAUGGACCCGUGAUCGGGCCAUUGGUCGGCGGCUUCGUGUUCGACAACCUGGGCUGGCGAUGGAUCCACUGGUUGACAUUGAUCCUGGCUGGCGUUUCUUUCGUCUUGAUGGCGACUGUCCCCGAGACAUAUGGCCCUACUCUCCUCAGGCGUCGCGCGGAGAAGAUGAGAAAGGAGACCGGAGAUGAUCAGUGGUGGAGCAAGCAUGAUGAGAAGCGGGCAUUCUUGCCAUUGCUUGGAGCAUCGCUCUGGCGACCGAUAUACCUCACUGCUACUGAGCCCAUUCUCUGGUUUUGGGACCUUUACAUCUUGAUCGUGUAUUCGAUGAACUACUUGACAUUCGUCAUCUACCCAAGAGUAUUUGAAGGACUUCGUGGCUGGUCGACUGGUCAUACCGGACUUGCAUAUCUCGGCAUCGGUGUUGGCAAUGUAUUGGUGAUUGUGUGCGAGCCACUCCUCAGGAAGAUGGUGCAGCGAAGAAAGCUUGAUGUCAACGGGAAGCCAACUCCCGAAUCACCAGUGUUCAUCGUGUGUAUCGGUGCCAUCUUGGUGCCCAUCGGUGGCUUGAUGUUUGCUUGGACUUGCACGCCGAAUGUGCACUACAUCUGGCCGAUCCUCUCGGGUAUCCCUUUCGGAGCAGGAACAACAGCAACCUUCAUUUACGGAUCCAACUACAUUGGACGUAGUUACGGCAUGUACGCAGCAUCAGCCAUGGCUGGCAAUGUGUUGACCCGUACUAUUGCCGGAGGUACACUGCCAUUGGCUGGUCCGGCUAUGUACAAUGCCCUCGGACCACACUGGCAAGGUACACUUCUCGGUUUGUUGGAAGUGCUCAUCAUUCCCAUUCCGUUUGUGUUUUACAAGUACGGGCAUCUGAUUCGACUCAAGUCGAAGUUUAUCAGCAGAAUGGAGCAGGAGGCCAAAGGUGGAGAAAAGGGAACUGCAUAG